AGAGGGACACCCUGGACAGGUUGCCAGUCUGUCGCAGAAGUCGCCCAAGCAGCAGCCAAAAUGUCAAGCAAGAGGGCCAAGAACACCAAGAAGCGUCUCCAGAGGGUCACGUCCAACGUGUUCGCCGUGUUCGAUCAGUCCCAGAUCCAGGAGUUCAAGGAGGCGUUAAACAUGAUCGACCAAAACAGGGACGGCUUUUUUGACAAAGAAGACCUUCAUGACAUGCUUGCCUCUUUAGGUAAGAACCCCACAGACGAGUAUCUGGAAGCCAUGAUGAACGAAGCUCCAGGCCCAGUCAACUUCACCAUGUUCCUGACCGUGUUUGGGGAGAAGCUGAACGGCACCAACCCAGAGGAUGUGAUCUGCAACGCUUUCGCCUGCUUUGAUGAAGAGGGAACAGGCAAGUCCAUCUGUUUAACAGGGUUUUCUAGGAAAGCCUUCUUAAGCCUGAGAAGUCCUGGGCCCUUCUAAGCCUUUUUUUUUCUUUUAUACGAUUUGCUCCAAAAACGUACCUAUAAAGUAGUUUUUUGUGGCACUUCUUAGUACAAUCCCAGCCAGGGAUUUUAUAAUAUUCCGCAAUAAUUUCACAUGAACCUCAAACUACCGUAUUUUCACGACCAUAAGGCGCACCGGGUCAUUGCGCGCGGUCUCAGUUACAGGGGAUUUUUCAGUCUUUGACACAUACAAAAGGCACAUCGGGUGUUAAAGCACGGGCACUUUAACGCCCAAUUCAGACCCUCACAGCCUCUAGAGUAGGUUAAUAAAAGAACAGGUCUCUAUUCUUUUACAGAAAACCUUUUUAUUCUUCUCCCUAACUAGGCGCUUCAUAGGCGUGUCUCUUAGCAGGCAGCAUUUUCAGGCUUGGAGAAACGAUGUUCUGCUGCAUGCACACACCUGCUCUUUUGUACUAUUGGGGUAUGUCUUCUUUCACGCCCUCACUUCCCUGUCCAAUCUCAUGCUGUCUUGUAACACGUCCUCACUUCCAUCAACUCGUUCUCAUGCUGUCUUCUACGUCUACUACUUCUCUGCCAAAGCAGCCCCGCAACUACAAAGGCGCAUAGGGCGCCCCCUGCUGGCUGAAGAAAAUUUAUGACUUUUUAAGUGUGUCUUAUAGUCGUGAAGAUAUGGCAUACAAAAAACACAAUUCAGAGUUUGUCUUUUUUACUACAAAAAUAAAAUAAAAUCACAAAAAUUAGGAAACAAU